UUCACAGUACACCCGCCCUGAAACCUGGAACUAUGCCGCGGGGACGGCCUCGAAAAGUGAGGGAUAACACAAACGACGGGACAGAAGGUGCACAGGAGUCUAAGAAUGGGAACCAUGCAGAAUCCCGAGAGAACAAAUGUAGCAUUUGCUCUCAAGUCUUCACCACAGAAAACCAACUUCAGAAGCAUCUCAGAGACCAUGAAGUCAACGACAAGCCGCACCGGUGUGACCAGUGUCCUUUGUCCUUCAACGUGGAGUUUAACCUGACGCUACACAAGUCCACUCACACAACCUCAGACCCCGUCUGUCCCAUGUGCCACAAGAAGUUCUCCCGAGUGGCCAGUCUGAAGGCCCACAUCAUGCUCCAUGAGAAAGAGGAGAACCUGAUAUGUGGCGAGUGCGGAGAUGAGUUUGUCCUUGAGAGUCAGCUGAUGCCACAUAUGGAGGAUCACCGCAAGGAACUCUCCGGAUGCAAGGUCUACACAUGCAAGACCUGCAGCCAGGAGUUCAAGACCCCCGGCGAGCUGAAAGAACAUGUCAAGACACAUGUUAAAACAAGGGCAAUACUCACCAGCUCGAGGAAUUACAAGAAGAACAUUGACCGCAGCGGAUUCACAAACAGUUGCCAGCACUGUGGAAAGACGUUUAAGAAGCCUAGUCAGCUGGUGAGACAUAUCAGAAUCCACACAGGUGAGAGACCGUAUAAAUGCAGUCACUGUGGGAAGGCGUUCAACCAGAAGGUGGUGCUGCAGACCCACAUGGUGCGGCACACAGGGGAGAAGCCUCACCUGUGCACGCUGUGCCCGGCCUCCUUCUCCCAGAAGGGCAACCUGCAGUCGCACAUCCAGAGGGUGCACUCCGAGACCAAAGGAGUGGCCCUCUUCCCCUGCAUGGACUGCAGCUGUGUGUUCAAGAAGCUGGGCAGCCUAAACGCACACAUCAGCAAGAUGCACAUCUCAGUGGUCGAGGUUGAGGAGCCUGCCACCACCCAGGAGACGGUGGAGUCCAGUCAGGCCGUGGCCGGGUCAGAGGGAGCCGAAGGGGUGACAGACGUGAUCCAACAGCUUCUGGAACUCUCCGAGCAGGUCACCGUGGAGAGCACUCAGGCCCAACCCCCGGUGCCAGCUAUCACCAUGGAGACGGCUAUCAACCAGGACAUCUUGCAGCAAGCGCUUGAGAACAGCGGCCUGACUGCCAUCCCAGUGCAGAACAGUGCCCAGAGCGGCAGCGGAUUGGCAGCUUUGCCCAGGUCAGAUGGUGGCGCACAGAAUCAAACGACGGGCAGCGACGCCUCUGCUAUCAGGAAGCCGUCCGGCUCAGAGAGAAUUGUGAAGAAGGAGAAGAAGAGCAUCUUUAAGAAGCCUGAUCAAAUGCCAGGCACCAUCCGCGAGCAGAACGGCGUGCGCUGGCACGGCUGCCCCUACUGCUCCAAGGAGUUCAAGAAGCCCAGCGACCUGGUGCGGCACAUCCGCAUCCACACGCACGAGAAGCCCUUCAAGUGCAAGCAGUGCUUCCGCGCCUUCGCCGUCAAGAGCACGCUCACCGCCCACAUGAAGACGCACACGGGCAUCAAGGCCUUCGAGUGCCAGUGCUGCAUGAAGUGCUUCUCCACCUCCGGGAGCAUGAAGGUGCACAUGCGCCUGCACACAGGCGUGCGCCCCUUCCCCUGCCCGCACUGCGAGAAGAUCUUCCGUACCUCGGGACACCGCAAGACACACAUCGCCUCGCACUUCAAGAGCCUGCAGCAGAAGAAGCACAAGUUCCCACGCAAGCCCCACAAGGCCCGUGUGUCCAAGAACAGCCUGCCCCUACCGGACAUCCCCCUCCAGGAGCCCAUUCUCAUCACUGAAAUAGGCCUCAUUCACAACCAGAACUCCCGCGUGUUGCAGCCCUACCUUGAACUUGUGGAGAACGAUCGACCCUACAAGUGUGCCUGCUGCAACAAAGCCUACAAGAAGUCCAGCCAUCUCAAACAGCAUGUCAGGUCGCACACGGGGGAGCGUCCGUACAAGUGCAUCCAGUGCAGCAAGGGCUUCGCCUCGUCGGGGGUGCUGAAGGCGCACAUCCGCACCCACUCGGGCCUCAAGGCCUACAAGUGCCUGAUGUGCGACACCACCUUCACCACCAGCGGCAGCCUGCGGCGCCACCUGACCACGCACAGCGACCUCCGACCCUACAUGUGCCCCUACUGCCAGAAGACCUUCAAGUCCUCGCCCAACUGCAGGAAGCACAUGAAGACCCACAGGUAUGAGUUGGCCCAGCAGCUCCAGCAGCAGCCGACGUCCUCGGACGGGACGUCGUUGGAGGACCCCAUGGGCGGCCCCGGCGCGGCGGUGGCCCACGACAUGCAGGUGGAGAUCGAGGGCGGCCAGCUGCAGCCUCCGCCCUCCGGCGUGGAGCAGCAGGGCAUGCUGGAGCAGCUCGGCCAGGCGCAGGUGGUGGGGGGCCCCCAGCAGGUGGCGCUGCAGACACCCCUGACUGAUGGAACCCUGGUGCAGGACGAAGACCAGUUUGUGGCGACGCAGCACACCCUCCAGCAGAACAUGGGCCAGUACGACACCUCCGCCCUGCCGCAGCCGGCCUACGACCAGCCCGCGCUCUCGCAAGGCUUCACCAUAGCGGAGGGCUUCAGUGCUCCUCACUUCUCCACCGUGCAGCAGCUGCAAGACUCCAGCACGCUCGAGUCACAGGCCCUCUCCUCCAGCUACCACCCACAGAACCUGCUGCACGUAUCCAAUGCUGAGGUGGCUGGUGGUCUACUCCAGGAGCCCACCCAAGGGGAACUGCAGCUCUCUGCUGAACAAGACUAUCACGACGAGAGUGAAGAGAUCAAGAGGGCAUACAGGUGUAACAUCUGCAAUAAGGGCUUCAAGAAGUCCAGCCACCUGAAGCAGCAUGUGCGCUCACACACGGGGGAGAAACCGUACCGGUGCAACCUGUGCGGCCGCAGCUUCGUCUCGGCCGGCGUGCUCAAGUCCCACCUCAACACACACACGGGAGUCAAGGCUUUCAAGUGCAACGUGUGUGAGGCCUCCUUCACCACCAAUGGUAGCCUGAACCGCCACAUGAUCAUCCACCUCAACAUGAAGCCCUUCAAGUGCCCCAUGUGCAUCGAGACCUUCCGCACCAACCUGCUCUGCAGGAAGCAUCUGAAGAAAGAUCACGCCAUAGGAUCUAGAGUGUUGGGGGAGGAGGAGGGUGAGGACGAGGACGGUUACGGGCGCUCGGGCACCAAACGGAACCGCGCCGGCAUCAUCACCUUCACCGAGGAGCAGGCGGCGGAGCUGGCCAAGCGGGAGCCGGACGAUGCCGCGUCGCUGUCGGAGAAGGUCCUGGCCCAGUCGGCCGCCGAGCGCGACCGCAUCAGCGAGAUCAAGGACAAGGCCGUGGAGCUGGAGACCGAGCCCAAGUUCGCCAACCGCUGCACCUACUGCCCCAAGAGCUUCAAGAAGCCCAGCGACCUUGUCAGACAUGUUCGGAUCCAUACGGGAGAGAAACCCUACAAGUGUGAUGUGUGUGGGAAGAGCUUCACGGUCAAGUCCACGUUGGACUGUCAUGUGAAAACACACACAGGUCAGAAGCUGUUCGGCUGCCACAUGUGCCACACGUCCUUCUCCACCAAGGGCAGCCUGAAGGUGCACAUGCGCCUCCACACGGGCUCCAAGCCCUUCAAGUGCCCCAUCUGCGACCAGCGCUUCCGCACCUCCGGCCACCGCAAGACCCACAUCCAGAGCCACAUGCGGCCCAGCUCCGAGAGCAAGCGGGCCAAGCGCAGCGCCGCAGCCGACCGCCACGCCGCCAGGCACCACCACCACCACCACCACCACCACCACCACCACGCCUCGGACGGAGACCCGAUCCAGGUCCAGGUCCAGGCCGGCGGAGGGCCGGCGCCGGCGGACACGCUGCCUCCCGUGGGGCUCCUCCACAGCGCCGGCGGCGACCCGGGGAUCUACAUCCCCAGCACCUCGGUCCUCACCGGCCAGUACGACCAGAGCCUGCUGCAGUCAGGGCUGGUGGGCCAGGCCAUCUUACCCGCUACCAUGUCAGCGGGGGGUGACCUGACCGUGUCUCUGGGUGAGGGGCUGGCCACUCUGGAGGGCAUCCACCUGCAGCUGACCCCCGCCAACCUUGUGUGCCCCAACGUCCAGAUCUCAGGCAUCGACGGCAGCAACAUCAACAACAUCACUCUGCAGAUCGACCCCAGCAUCCUGCAGCAGACCCUCCAGCAGGGGGGGCUCUUGUCCCACCAGGUGGCGGGCGACCCGGGCCUUGCCCAGCACGCUGCCCACCACCUCAUGGCCGCUGGCGACUCGUCGGUGCCCACCAAUGUGGUCCUGCACCCGCUCACCAGCCUGGCGCUGCAGCAGCCCGUCGUCCCUGGCAACGUCAGCAUCACUGGGCUUUCCGAGCAGGACUCCUCAGGUGCCCAGGAGCUGUCGCACGUGAUGGGCGCCACGGGGCUGGUGACGGGCACGGCCGGCGGGCAGGAGAUCACGCUGACCAUCAACAACUCCAGCCUCACGCAGGUGCUCGCCCAGGCACAGGCCCAGGCCCAGGCCCACGCCGCCGGCACCGCACCCUCCGCCAACAACACACAGGAGAUCACGCUCACUAUAUCAGGGCAAGACCUGCUCCCGCAGCACAGCGCCCCCUCUGGCGCGGACUUGAACGGCGCGAUCAGACUCUCGUCGCCCAUGGGUGCCCAAGCCGGCGGCGCCACCCUCAGCAUCGGUAACGAGCAGCUGCUGCCCCACAGUCCAUCCAACGCCACCAUGACGGUCACCAGCCUGCCCCCCAGCACCUCCCUGUCCCACACGGCCGUGUCCCAGAGCCUGGUGAUGUCAUCGGCGGGCAUGGCCAGUGAUGGCAGUGUGACCCUCACGCUGGCAGACUCCCAGAUGCUGGAUGCGGUCACACUCAACCUCAACUCACAGCAAAGCCAGCAGUUCUCCAGUGUGAUGAGUGAGCAGGGUCUCCCCGGGCAACCGGCCACCUCCGCCCAGCAGGUCAUCCUGGUCAGCCACCCCACCCAGACCACCGUGGCAACGCUGGAGGACAACCUCAGGGCGGCGGGUAAGGAGGAGGAGGCGGGGGAGAAGAACCAGUGCUACUUCUGCGACCAGGUGUUCCACACGGCCAACCUGCUGCGCCGCCACUGCAAGCAGAACCACGGCAAGGAGCGCUGCCACGUCUGCCGCGUCUGCAACAAGGCCUUCAAGCGCGCCACGCACCUCAAGGAACACGAGCACGUGCACCAGAACGGCCCCUCUCUCAGUUCUCAACGGCCUCGCGUGUUCAAGUGUCCUUCCUGUGACAAAGCCUUUGCCAAGCCCAGCCAGCUGGAGCGACACAACAGGACUCACACAGGAGAGCGUCCCUUCAAGUGCACGCAGUGCGAGCGCGCGUUCAACCAGAAGAGCGCCCUGCAGGUGCACCGCGUCAAGCACACGGGCGAGAAGCCCUACAAGUGUGAGGUGUGCAGCAUCGGCUUCACCCAGAAGAGCAACAUGAAGCUACACAUGAAGCGCUCGCACGGAUACGGUCGCCCCCAGCAGCAGGGAGCCCAGCAGCCUCGGCGUCAGCAGCAGCAGCAGCCGCAGUCGGAGGUGUGCGUGGAGGUCACCACCGGCGACGAGCAUCAGGAGGAGGAGGACGACGAUGACGAGGAGGAGGAGGAGGAGGAAGAGCAAGAGCCUGCAGAGCUGGACCUGGUGGAGGUGGUGCAAGAGUCGGGCUCAGACUGGCAGUGCACCAUCUCUGGCGUCUUCCCAUAGCCCCCCCACCCCUCCACCCACCCACCCACUCAUCCACUCAUCCACUCUCUCCACCCACCCCUGCGGUGCUGCUAACAAUCCUCUCAACUCCCAGUGACCCUCGCCAGCCAAUUAGCUCCCACACCUGCCCCCCAGUGUGUGCAGAGUCUGUUUUUCCAGCGCUUUUCAUCUUAGUUGUCUUUUUUCCGUCUCUCUCACUCCCUCUCUCUCUCUCUCUCUCUCUCUCUCUUUCUCACACUCUCUCUGUCACUCACUCACUCACUCUCUAUCUAUUGUUGUUAGUUAUGGACCUUGAUGGAUUUUUCAUGAAAGGUUAUUUAUUGGUCAUGAAACACUGUGGAAUGGCUUUUGUUCGAAAAGUGGACAAUUGAAGGUCACCCAAAC